CCUAAAUCGCAUUCGCCACACGAAUCCCCUGCUGCCGUACACCUGUAAGAUAAGGAUAGAGAGAGAAAGAAAAAUUCUAGAGAGAGAAAGUGCUUCGAUUUUUGUUGUUAGAGAGAGAAAGUAAAAAGAGCGAGAUCUGAUCGAAAUUUCUCAAAGGCACCGAUGCUCCAAACCCUACUGAGCCUGUAAGCCCCAACUCUCUCUCUUUCUCUCUCUCUUUUUCUUUCUCUUUCUUUGUAUAUUCCUUUAUGUGUGCGUGCGUGUGUGUGAGGGCGAGGAUUUUGUGAUUUUGGGGAAAAUCCCUAAUUGAAUUGGUUAAUUUUUGUGGCGUGGAGGAGAGGAGGUGUUAAUCUUUUUUGUGUUUGGGGUUGGGAAGUUAGGGUUUUUGGUGAUUGUUUGGGGGAGAGUAAAACCCUAGGGUGGAGGGAUUGGGAUAUUGGUUGUGAGAAAGUUAGGGUUUUGGAUGUAUGGCUUCGGGGCCCAUGGUUGGAGAUGGGGCUAGAGAGAGGCAGAGGUACACGGAGAGCAAGGUCUAUACGAGAAAAGCCUUCAAAGGCCCCAAGAAGAACAACAACACCACUGCGACCAUAAACACCAACUCCGUGACCACAAACACUACCACCAACAACAACGACAACAGCAAGAACGAUGAAGACAAUAGGGAUAACAACAACGACUACAACAAGAACGAGAGUAACGAGUUGGCUUGUCCCCCAGAGCAGACGGAAUUAGCGUUGGAGGAUGGGAACGAGGCUCAGAAACAGCUCAAUUCGAGGCUUGACGCCGGGUCGGACGACUCGUCCAGCCUCAACCGGCAACAGGAGCAACCGGUCGCGGUGGCUGUGCCUGGCACUAGGGAUGAGCCUUUGGGGAAUGGGGCGGUGAAGCCAGUGUUGGAGAAUAGGAUUAAGAUCAAUUUGGGGUCUAGGUCGAAGCAGGAGACGAGGGAGCUUAGGAGGAAGCUGGAGAGUGAGCUGGAUAAGGUGAGGAGUUUGGUGAAGAGGAUUGAAGCCAAGCAGGGGCAGAUUGGUGGGUUUAGUCAUUCCCAUAUGUUGGCCAAUGAUGGGGUCGACAAUUGUAGAGGUGGAGCUAAGCGAGUUCAGUCAGAGGUGGCUUCUGUUGGAGUUGGUGUUCCUCGCGAGGUGAAUAGGCCUUUGCACCAAUUGAAUUUAUCGGUGUUGGAGAAUAGUCAAGGUGUGAUUGAAAAUGUGGAGAAAGAAAAGAGAACGCCAAAGGCAAACCAGUUUUACCGGAAUUCGGAGUUUUUGCUUGCAAAGGAUAAGUUUCCGCCAGCAGAGAGUAACAAGAAAUCAAAAUCGAAUAGCAAGAAGCAAGGUGGAGGAGAAAUGGGACAUGGGUUUUGGAUGGGUACCAAGUUUAACAAGAGUUGUAGUUCUUUGCUUGAGAAAUUGAUGAAGCACAAGCAUGGGUGGGUGUUUAAUACACCGGUGGAUGUAGACGGUCUUGGCUUGCACGAUUAUUUUACCAUUAUCAAGCAUCCAAUGGACUUGGGAACUGUGAAAUCGAGGUUGAACAAGAAUUGGUACAAGUCUCCGAAGGAAUUUGCAGAGGAUGUGAGACUUACAUUUACCAACGCUAUGACCUAUAACCCAAAAGGGCAAGAUGUUCAUGUAAUGGCAGAGCAGCUAUUGAAGAUAUUUGAGGACAGGUGGGCUAUAAUAGAGUCAGAUUAUAAUCGAGAAUUGAGGUAUGCAAUGGACUAUGGGGUAGGGCUUCCAACACCUACAUCAAGAAAGGCUCCUCCAUUGCCACCGCCCCUCCUUGAUAUGAGAAGGAUUUUGGAUAGGUCAGAGUCGAUGACGAAUUCCAUUGAUCCCAAAUCUAAACCCAUGAGUACUACUCCUUCGGCUAGGACCCCUGCACCAAAGAAGCCCAAGGCAAAAGAUCCUCAUAAAAGAGACAUGACUUAUGAUGAAAAACAAAAACUUAGUACAAACCUUCAGAAUUUACCUUCAGAGAAGCUAGAUGCAAUUGUGCAGAUUAUCAAGAAGAGGAAUUCAUCGCUUCGACAAGAUGAUGAUGAAAUUGAAGUGGACAUUGAUAGCGUGGAUGCUGAGACUCUCUGGGAACUUGAUAGGUUUGUAACCAACUACAAGAAGAGUUUGAGCAAGCACAAGAGAAAAGCUGAACUUGCUAUUCAAGCCCGAGCAGAAGCUGAACAGAAUGUCCAGGAUAAGAUUCACACUCCAGUUGUGGCAGAGGUAGCAAAGGAAAACAGAGCAGAUGAAAGAAAUGUUUCCACUUUGUCACCUGUACAAGGGGAAAAGCAGGUGGACAAUGGGAGUAGGUCCAGUAGUUCAAGCAGCUCUAGCAGUGAUUCUGGAUCCUCUUCAAGUGACUCUGAUAGCGAAACCUCAUCAGCCUCUGGAUCUGAUGCAGGGUCACCAAGGACAUGAGCAUAUUUUGUAUCUGAGAAACUUAGACUAGAUGGUGAUCUUCCAUAUGGUGAUUUGAAGCUUCCGCAUCAUGAAUUUCUAUAUGCAUUUGGUGUACAGCGAAAGCAUUUUCAAGGCCACCACUAUCUUAACAUUUUGGGGGUGGGGGUUCUAUUUCUUGCUGUUGCUAGGACAUGGCCUCAUUUAUCACAUGUGGCCUCAUUUUUCUAGUCUCAAAUUUGUAUAAUAUUUGUAGAAUGUAAUGAUAAUUAGAUGUAGUUGGUUUGUUUUGUGUAGGAUGUGUACAUUGCUAACUACUGCUGCUCAUCUAGAUUUCAGUUACCUGUUUUCAGUUUAGUGCUGGCAGAUUCAGGAUUCUUUGGUGUUACACAAAAACUAUUCUGUAAUUCAAGUUCUUGAAGUUAUAAUUGCUUCCUAUAUCA